CACGGCUUUUCACAUUACUGUUUCCCGCUUUCCCGCUCCUCCUCCAUUGAAAUCUCCACCUUCUUCUUCUUCUUCUUCUUCUUUUAGGGCUUUGUUGGAGUACAACGACCCAGUGAGUAUAAAUCUCGCCGGAGAUGGAUACACCAGAUAAGAACCGCAUCUCCGCCGUUUCCUUGCGCAACUUUGAGUAUUCUCCAGUUUUUCAAUAUAUUAAUGAACUCUCACCAAUAGAGCCAGUAAAACCAGCACCCCCAGAAAAUAUCUUGCACUCACUGGCUUUUACAUCUCCAUCAUCUCUAUUUAGUUCCCCGCAGUUAACCUCUUACCGAGAUUCCAGAUUUUCCAUCAAAAGGCAUCGUUCUCUAGAUCUAUCUAGUCCACCACUAGUUCUCAUUGGUGAGACUGUAAAAACCUCACCAGAUGCUCAGGAAGCUGUUAAGAUAUCAGGACUAUGUGAGGAGCAGCUACAGUGUAGGCCUGCACAGCUGGCAAAUGUUUCUGAAACUAAGCCAUUUAAGGAGCAGAUAAGCUUAGCAAUUGAGUUGGCGAAUUCAUUGAAACACGCAAUGGAUGGAUGUGAUACUCAAAUGGUUUCUUGUGAUGAAGUACCAAUGGAUGCUGAAAAUGAAUUAGGAGGCUGUGGUGGAUCGAGAGAGCUGUCUGAUGAGUUAUGUAGACACCCUAUUGAUCCACUUGACUUUGAUGAUGAUUCAGAUGGAGUACAUCAAACUGAAGAAAUGGAAGCUGAGAGUGGUUUUGGUCCAGAAGUAAUAAUGUUUGAUGUUGCUGGUAUCCAGAACAAUGAGCAACAGAUUCCAAGGACCGCAGAUCCUAGAUUUUAUUCUCUUGCUUCUGUGCCUCAGCAGUUUUCUAUCCGUUGUAAUAACUCAGCGAAUGUACUUGAGCCUGGAGGUUCUUGCAGUGUACAAGUUGCAGCUGGAGCUCCAGACAUUACUCUCAGCAGUUCCUCCAAAGUAGCAGCUAUUGUUUCAACUGCUGAAGCUGAAGACAAGGAAGAUAAAGACCUACAGCCCAGUCGCAAGCAACAAAGUAUGGGAGGGUCUCACUAAGGGAUACCUUUGCGUGAUUCUACAAAUGAUCUUCCUCUUGAUUCUACCUCUAAACCUCCUAGUCCACGAAAAGUGUUUAGACACCAGUAACAUGAUACUGAUGAGUUUCUACCCAUACCACGAACAAUUGGCCUGCAUUUGAAUGGUUACGUGAACCCCUCAGUCUCAAGUGGCCGAAAAAAAAAAAAAUUCAAAGAUGGUCGGGUUUUUCCUCCUACAACAUUUCAUCAUAAUAAUGAAGAUGAAUUCUCAACUCCUGUCUCCACAAAAAGAGAUUUGGUAUUCAGUGGUGUCAAAAUCAUGGAGGCUACUGAGAGAUCAAUGGAAGGAGAAUGUAUUGACCAACACAUGGCUAUAGAGAACAGGCAAUUGUCUCAAGGACUUGACAAACUUGGCAGCUGUAAGCGCUGUAAAUGUAAGAAAUCACAAUGCUUGAAGCUGUAUUGUGAAUGUUUUGCUGCUGGUCUAUACUGUGUUGAACCUUGUUCAUGUCAAAAUUGUUUCAAUAAGCCCAUUCAUGAAGACCUGGUUAUGAAAAGUCGUGAAGUGAUUGAAGCUCGCAACCCAUUAGCUUUUGCUCCAAAAGUGGUCUCCACUUCUGAUACUGCUAUAGAUUUAUGGGUCGAGAACAGCAAGACUCCUGCUUCAGCAAGACACACAAGAGGAUGCAACUGCAGGAAAUCCGGCUGCUUAAAGAAAUACUGUGAAUGCAAUUUGAUGGGCGUUCGAUGCUCCUCGAGCUGUAGAUGCAUAGGAUGCAAGAAUGUUUUUGGUCACACAAAUGAGAAAUGUGCGGGAGAAUCUGAUGCAGUAACAAUCAAUGAUGAAGCUAAACAUUGUGGUGAUUCAAGGCAAAACGAAGAAACCUCAAACAGUGAGAGAAGGAACCGCUUGUUGCUCCCAGGUUCUGUAGCAUUCCGUUCCUUAACAUCACUGUCUGAACUUUGAGACUGACUACUCAGAAGCACCAUCUGAAGAACCAGGAGAAUCCUGUUAUGUUAUCACCAACGACUCAAUCAAUCAAAACCACUGUGUCUGCUACAGUUGCUUGAAUUGGUUUUGUUUGAUCUGUCUUUAUCUCACUUUCAUCUGUUAUUUUUAAGUAAUAGUUUUGGUGGGUAUAUAUUACAAAUAUAUGUAUCGGAAGAUUUUUGCUUAGGAUGUGAAUGUGUGUUAUCUGUUUUGCUCUGCUAAUCUAUAAUUCUGAAGUGUUUGUUUUUCACUGAAGAAAGUUUUGUAAUGGUGUUGUCUGUCUCCUU